AAAUCAGAGCCUGACUCUCUGCCCACCUCUUAAUAACCAUUAAACACUCUAUUAGUCCCUCAAAGAGAGAAGUUAUAUAUGGUUAUGCUACAAGGUUAUAUGGCAACUAGUAAAAUAAUCAAAGGUUUUCUUUGUGUUAUCUAUUCUUGUAGAGUUUGUAAAGUUUUUUGGGUUAACCGGUGAACACUGCAAAAGAAACACUGAAAUAAAUAAUGUACAAAUAAUGAAUAAUGAACAUCGCAAAGUAAUAAUAACACAAUUUUACCACCGAAGAAAAAAGAGAUAGAGAGAGAGGGGUCAAAUCAAAUUAGUUUAUUUACAAUCAUUGUACUUGCCCUUCUUCAACGAAGCCAAAAGCUGUGAUUGAGCACGAGCGACUGGAGCAGUUAAUUAGAGGUUGGAGUAAAAAAUAAAUGUACUUGUUUCAUUGAACUUUUACUGUAUAUGGGGUCAAACUCAUAAAGCAUUUGGUGCAUCCCCCAAAACACAUGUUUUUGAAGUUUUAACCCCCUUUUAUUCCCUAAAAAGUCUACAGUUAACCCCCACUACUCUAUUUUUUUUUAAUUCUAAAUGACAAAGCGCGGCAAACUUAAUCAGUUCAUUAAUGACACAAAAAAAAAACGUAAUUCUCACGCCUUUAACCAUUUUCUCGGUGUCUCUUUCUGAAGCAACACGAUAAAAACUACCGACACGCAAUCAAAACACUCACCGGCUAUUACCGGUUUCAUUACAUCCAACCUCUUUAAAGUCCUUUUCUCUUGUUACCGUUCUGUUUUUAAAAACCUCAUACUCUGUUCCACCUCUCUCUCUCUCUCUGAUCCCAUCUCAUUCCUUAUCAUCAAUUCUCAAUUUUUCUCUUUCCCAUUGUACCCUCACAUUUCCUCAAAGAUGUCUGCACUCACUAAGCUUCGUUCUCCUGUUAAACCAAUGGUUGUCGAGCCACGAGCCAUCCUGUGUUCGACCGGGAACAGAGUCAAACCUUCGAAAGAGAUCGCCGCGAAGAAGAAGAAGCCGCAAGUGAUGAAAUCUCCGGCGACGAGCAACUUCUCAGCCUCGACUGAUGACUCAUCUUCAACGACAUCCUCCUCGGAGCGUUCGUCGGUGAAGACGGCAGACUCUAAGAAAAUGAUAACUCCGUCGAAACGGAACGGGUCAGUGACGAAGCUCAACAGUGUCGCCGCCGUUGGAGACAUUCUUCCUGAGAGUCCGGGACCGGUCAAGAGAUGCCACUGGAUCACACCUAACUCAGACUCGAUUUACGUGAAGUUUCAUGAUGAAGAGUGGGGUGUUCCGGUUCGUGACGACAAGAAACUCUUUGAGCUGCUUGUGUUCUCACAAGCAUUAGCUGAGUUUAGCUGGCCUUCUAUUCUACACAAAAGAGACGCCUUUAGGAAGCUCUUUGAAGAUUUUGAUCCGUUAGCUAUAUCAGAAUUCACAGAGAAGAGGUUGAUGUCUCUUAAAGUAAACGGAUGUCUUGUUCUGUCCGAACAGAAACUGCGAGCCAUUGCCGAUAACGCAAAAUCAGUUCUCAAGGUGAAGCAAGAGUUUGGAUCAUUCAGCAACUACUGUUGGAGAUUUGUGAACCACAAACCUUUAAGAAAUGGAUACCGCUAUGGCCGUCAAGUACCCGUUAAGUCCCCAAAGGCAGAGUACAUAAGCAAAGACAUGAUGCAGAGAGGGUUCCGCUGCGUUGGUCCUACUGUUAUUUAUUCCUUCUUGCAGGUCUCUGGCAUUGUGAAUGAUCAUCUCACAUCUUGCUGCAGAUACCAAGAAUGUAAUGCCGAGACUGAGACCUGACUUGUUUAAUCAGCAACGUGAACUAAUGGAGUAUUAAGAAGAUUAUGAUUACAAGUGUUUGUUUGUGUCAUUAUGAAAUGUAGCAUUUGUAGCUAGUUGUGUUGAUUGGUUGUGUUUUUUUCUUCUAGCUAGCUUUGUCUAAUGAUGAUAUGAUUUAGUUUUGACCAAAAAAAAUAAUAAUAUUGAAUUGCAA